CACAAGUGCUAAAAUGCAAAUUCCAAUCCACACUCAGUCUUCACAUAAUUACAAGUAUCAGAUCAAGGCACGCAGUUCAAACGCUGCAAAGCUUCCAACUUAACUGCCACUUCUUAACCUGUAAGACCCGAAACCCGUUUCACUAAAAGGGUGGAGCCAAUCAUGGUCGGAGGCUUCUCUUUCUGUCCCUGCUUUGGAAGUCAGAGUACCGUCGAUACUGAUGUCGACCGCGACCCUGUCCUUCUGGUGUCUGGAAUCGGUGGGUCCAUCCUGCAUUCGAAGUCGAAGAGGAAUACGUUCGGGUUUGAGACCCGGGUAUGGGUCCGAAUUCUCUUAGCUGAGUAUGAGUUCAAGAAGAGAAUCUGGUCUCUCUAUAAUCCCAACACAGGUUAUACAGAAGUAUUGGAUGAUGGCACUGAACUUGAGGUCCCUGAUGAUGAUUAUGGGCUUUAUGCAAUUGAUAUUUUAGAUCCAUCAUUGUUUGUUAAACUUUUCCAUUUGACAGAGGUGUAUCAUUUCCAUGAUAUGAUUAAGAUGCUCAUUAAAUGUGGAUAUAAGAAGGGAACCACCUUGUUUGGAUAUGGAUAUGAUUUUCGGCAAAGCAAUAGAAUUGACAAAUUAAUGGAAGGUCUUAAAUCAAAGCUGGAAACUGCUUAUGAAGCUUCUGGGAAUAGAAAAAUAAAUAUAAUUUCACAUUCAAUGGGGGGACUGCUGGUGUCAUGUUUCAUGUUGCUUCAUGCAGAUGUGUUUUCAAAGUUUGUUAACAAAUGGAUCUGUAUUGCAUGCCCUUUCCAAGGUGCACCAGGAUGCAUCAAUGAUUCCCUGUUAACUGGGUUGCAAUUUGUUGAGGGUUUUGAGAGUUACUUUUUUGUAUCUAGAUGGACAAUGCACCAGCUGUUGGUUGAGUGCCCAUCAAUCUAUGAAAUGUUGGCAAAUCCGAAUUUUAAGUGGGAAAGGCAACCACAAAUUCAAGUUUGGCGGGAGCAAUCAGAUGAUGGAGAAAAUUCUGUCAAGUUGGAAUCCUAUGGCCCACUUGACAGUAUCACUUUCUUUCAGGAAGCUUUGAGGAAUAAUGAGCUAAAUUAUUAUGGAAAUGCAGUUUCUCUGCCCUUCAAUUUUUACAUCCUCAGAUGGGCUGCUGGUACUCGCCAGAUUCUAAAUGAUGUGCAACUGCCAAAAGGAGUUUCCUUCUAUAACAUUUUUGGGACAUCAUAUGAUACACCUUUUGAUGUUCGAUACGGUACAGAGAUGUCUCCAGUCAAAGAUUUGUCCGAAGUCUGCCACACUAUGCCUCAGUAUUCUUACGUGGAUGGGGAUGGAACAAUUCCUGCAGAAUCAGCUAAGGCGGAUGGAUUUGAAGCAGUUGAGAGAGUAGGAGUUGCAGCUACUCACCGUGGGCUGCUACAAGACAAGACAGUAUUUCAACUUAUCCAGAAAUGGUUGGGAGUUGAUCAGAAGCUUCAUAAGCAUUCAAGGACGUCCAGAGUAAUCGAUGCUUCUUCAGUUCCACAGGUUAAAGCAUGAAUAUGUUUUCUGCUUGAAUAUGUGCUGAUUGUAGCAUUGAAACCUGGAAAAGGAAAAGGAGAAAAGAAAGGCCGGAAUCCUGAAUUCCGAAAUUGCAGUGUGGUGUAAAUACGAUUUUGAUUGCAAGACUAUAUGUUGUAAAGUUUGGAAAAAGAUUUGUUGUUCAUAAAGUACAUCAAGAAAAUGCUGAAACUAGUUAAUAGGUUUAAAGAAUCUAUACACGCUAGCGAGUAAGUUGACUGUGUAAUCUAUGUUAUUGUAGCACACGUUGAUUGAGAUGAGAUGCGGUAUUUGGGCCGUGAUUGUAAAUUGUUGCAAUUAAUAAGUACUUAAUGGGAUUUAAGCUACUGUUAGUUUUA